AAAAAGAAAACCCUACACAGAGGGCUACUCACAAAAGUAAAAGCCCUACCAAAUAAAAAACCCCAAAAAAAUGGAAAGCGGUUGGCUUUCGGUUAGCUAAUCCUUUAUUCCACCGGCGAAGGCGACCGCCACCGUGGACACAAUCGGCCGACGGAAGAUUCGUAGAUGAAGAAGAAGAAGUUGAGGUGAGAGCGUUUCCGUCAUUUCGUUAGACGACUCUGUUCUCUUCCAUGACUGCCUUGGGAAGCAGUUCCACCGGAAUGUACCCUUUCAGUGGGGGCGGAGGCAGCGGUUUCUGGUCGGCAGUGGCGCCACCGCAUUCCAAAGCUGCUUUGGCCUUUACUGCAGUCGCUGGUCUCGCCCUCUUCGCUGCCAUCUACUACACUACAGCUAGAGCUCUUCGACGAAUUAACACUUCAUUGUAUUCGCCAAAAUCACCGUCAUCGUCAUCGUUGUCGUGGAAUCAUUUACGUUCGGUUCUAUUCGUCGUUACUUCUUCUUCACCAGCUUCCCGUUCUUCUUCCGAUCGUGGUCGGCUGAAAUCACCCUGGUCUCAUCGGAGAAGGAGAAAUGCCCUCACACCUCAGCAAUGGAGAAGUUUGUUUACACCUGAUGGCAGGCUCUGUGGUGAUGGAAUCAAGUUGCUGAAGAAAGUUCGCAGUAGUGGUGUUGAUCCAAGUAUUAGGGCUGAGGUCUGGCCAUUUCUCCUUGGAGUCUAUGAUCUGAACAGUUCUAAAGAAGAAAGGGAGGUUGUUAGUGCUGAGAAAAAAAUGGAAUAUGAGAAACUUCGCAGACAGUGCUGGAAGCUCCAAAAGCAAAGUAAUGGAAGUUUUAAGUUAAAUGAUACUGAUGGGACUGGCCAAACUGGAGACAGUGGAAGUCUAUUUCAAGAGAAAGAUGUGUGUAGCUCUGAAGAUGUAGUUAGUGCCAAGGAAUUUCUUUCUGAUGAGGAGAGAAGCCUGUAUGCUGAAUAUUCUGAUGAACCAUGCAGUGAAUUGUUGGAAGGAGGAGAUGAUAGUUCAAGGAGAAAUUCUAUUGCUGAUGUAUCUGCACUAAAAAGUGAGUCAUCUGACUCAGACUCCUCAGAUGACCCUGUAUUGAUUCAGGGUUCCUCUUCUUCAGAACCUGGGGAGAAGAAAGAUUCUGGCAUGCAUAAGAAAGAGAAUGUUUCUCCAUCAACUGCAGAAGUCCAGUCAAAACCACUCACAACAGAAGAUUUUGCCAUUUGGCAGCGGAUUAUUUGCCUUGAUGCUGUGCGUGCCAAUUCUGAAUGGAUACCAUAUUCUCCAAUUCAGGCUGCAGUAUCAGAUGCUAAGGCACAGCAUUUGGCUGAGGCUGUUGGGCUAAAAGAUUAUGAUCAUCUGGAGCCUUGCCGGAUUUGGCAUGCUGCAAGACUAACUGCCAUUCUUGAAGCCUACGUGCUUUAUGAUCCUGAAAUUGGGUACUGUCAGGGCAUGAGUGACCUACUGUCUCCCAUAAUUACUGUCAUUACUGAGGAUCAUGUGGCUUUCUGGUGUUUUGUAGGCUUUAUGAAGAAAGCUAGGCAUAAUUUUAGGCUUGAUGAGGUAGGAAUCAGAAGGCAACUGAAUAUCGUUUCAAAGAUAAUCAAAAUCAAGGAUUCUCACCUCUACAGGCACUUGGAGGAGCUGCAGGCUGAGGAUUGCUUCUUUGUAUACAGGAUGGUUGUCGUGAUGUUCAGGAGGGAAUUGUCAUUUGAACAGACACUUUGCCUAUGGGAGGUAAUGUGGGCUGAUCAAGCAGCAAUUAGAGCUGGGAUUGGGAAUUCUGCAUGGUGCAAGAUAAGGCAGCGAGCCCCACCAACAGAUGAUCUGUUGCUGUAUGCAAUUGCAGCAUCAGUCUUACAGAAGAGGAAAUUGAUCAUACAGAAGUAUAGCAGCAUGGAUGAGAUCUUAAGGGAGUGCAAUAGUAUGGCAGGACAUCUUGAUGUAUGGAAACUCCUGGAUGAUGCACAUGAUUUGGUGGUUACUCUUCAUGACAAGAUCGAGACAUCUUCUGAUUGCUGAACAAAAUCAUUGCAAUCAAUCCACUAAUUCUUAUGUGCUUCAGUUGUUUCUUCAGCCUUGGUUCUGACAUGGUUCGUUUCCUAUGACCGCCAGUCAAAUUUCCCAUUUUUGUUGCUGGUCACUGUGAGGUAGGAACCUGCAUUGUGUUGUGCCACUUUUUGGCACAUGGGAUGGGACAUCUAUCACUAGUCUUGAAAUGGGGGUCGUAACUCUUUGUAUUCCCCCACAUGAGAUUGAGGAAAGAGGCUGCAGAAAAUCAGUGUGAACAACAGCAGCAGCCCAUGAUCGUUUUAACAAUUUCAAGAUAAAUUAAUAUUUUCUUUUUCAUUUUAACUUUUAACACUGUAGCUAUAGCUGAGUAUUUUAUAAUAGAAAUAGAAAAAAAUAGAAACA